AUGGCGGAAUCCCUUCCGAUAGUAGCGCAGUCCCCGACCCAAGACGGCAAGGAGCUUUUGGGGGUGGGCGCCCCUGCCGUGAACGUCAUCUGUGCUUCACCCAAUAUGAGUGUGAGCAGCGCUCAUCAGCGUCGCCACAAGUUUCAUAUGGGAUACCUGUCGACGUGGUCUGGGGGAUCUCAGGGAUCGAGCUCGGUCGAAUCUUCGUCGACCUGGCCUUUGUCGAGGGAUUCGUCGACCGACACCGCGUCCUUCACAGACAGCACCGGUGCCGACCUCGAAGCGUUUAUAGUAGAAACUCUCCACAAGAAUCAAAAGGAAAGGGGUAUGAUGUUCCGGCUAGAACAAGAUCUCAUCGCACUAAUGAACGAUUCGUCUCGAACUUCCCACAAGUUCCUGCCGAUGACUUCCUACCACAGGAUGAUCGUACAUCGCUGCGCAGCUUUCUUUGGAUUGGACCACAAUGUGGAUACAAGUGGACAGUCGGUUAUUGUCUCGAAGACGAAGUUAAGCCGCAUUCCUGAAAGACGUUUCCAAGAAUACCUCAGCGAUCCCGCGAUGUUGACUGUCAAAAAAUUGAACAUUCUCAAAAGGGACAGCUCAAAGGACGACGACAAGGACAAGGCUUCCGCAAGGAGUUGGUUGACGAGUGGUUCUAAAGGAUUCCAAGGCUUGGAAGGCCGGAGGUGUCGUUCAAUGGAAGAGCGUGAGGAACAUUAUAAUCUGAUCAGGGAACGUAUCUUCAAAGGAGGUUCUCUCGACGACCGAGCCACUUCAAGCGUCUCCCACCAGACGGUACGCGGCUCCGAAGUUACGAUCGUUGGAACCCAAGAGCCUCUGACCGUUCCCAUUGUGCUGAUUCCUCAAGAACAACAUCACGACCAGAACGAGUACGCCUAUGCGACCAACGAAGUCGACGAGGUCGACGACGCGAACUCAACGAGUAAUUAUCGGCAGCAUGGAUCGCAUGAGUCCGAGUCUACGAAAGAACAAUCUCACACAACGGCUGACCGAUCCAACUCGCGAUCGCCAGCUAACACUUGUCAGGACGCUCAGGAUACGGCGAAUGAAGACAACAACCCGCUGUUCGCGGAAAAUAGUCCAACGCAGAACGAGACGAUCGCAGACAACGUCGAGUGCAGGAAGCGAAAACGCGAGGAACGCCGGAUUUCUGCGGAAGUUGGUGAAGCACGGAGCAGGGCAGCCGCUCACGAGACGAGCAGCAGCCUCGACAGCAGCUGCAGCACCAAUCUCCUCGAAAGUUACGAAGGCGACAACGAUGGCGAAGAGCUCGACCAUCACCAGACCGCGACGAAUCUCGAACAGGACAGCACGAUUAAUUCUAGUCAAACCCCAGCAGCAGGAACAACUCCCGAGCGGAUCAACGAAUGCUCAGAAACGUCUAAAUCAUCUCCAGACUGCUCUGACCAAUUGAUUGUUUCUAUGCAAGACAUUUCUCUUGAUGAAAAGACGCGGGACCCGUCGACGGACUGCCGACGCAAAGGCGUCCCGCAUCAUCAGCAAACGCAGUCACAGCAGCAAUACCAGCAGAACAAUUGUAGCAGCAGCGGCAGUAGUCAAAUGCCUAAAUUCCGUCAACAACACCAUCAGCAAGCAGCUGGAGAGAGCAGCAAGAGCCAUCAGGAUCAGCACAACAAGCAGAGGAUUGCGGCGGGGGGAUACCAUCGGCAGUACCCAUCAUCAGGAAAUCGAAAUGUUGCUGGAGGGUUCAACAACAAUAACAGCCGUAGCUAUCCCAAUAACAAUAAUUUAAAUACUGUGAACAGCAACAAUCGAGACCGAGACGCACAACAGCAACAAUCCUUCCGUACCGGAGACAACCAUGCUCCAGAGUGGCGUGGCGCAUCCGCAGACCAAAGACAGCAACAACAACAACAGCAGCCCCAAACUAAUCAUCAUCACCAGCAGCAGCCACAUCAUCAUCAGCAAGCGCCGCAUCAUUACCAACAACAGCAAGCCCUCAAUCAGUACAUCGCUGUGCAGCCGGCAAUCACUCACGACGGGACUGGCGCAACCGAAUGGAUUUUCCCGGUUAGUCCCGCUCAAUACGCUCAAGGGGGCCUCGGAUCGUCCACAUCCUACCAGAACCCACCGACCAUGUACUACGUGCCGGCAACGCACGGCACCGCGACAAUGUGGCCUCUACUUAGUCCGAGCGGUUCCGUACCCUCCUCGGGCCCUCCACAACAACAAUUCCAGCAGCACCAGACUGGAGGCAUUGGGCAACUCAUUCCGGCAGCAGCUGCGAUCAACGGAGCGAUGCUUCCGUCACCCCCACCUCCGCCGGCCACUCAUCCAGCUGCCGCUGCAGCGGCGGCGGCCGCCGCGGCAGCCGCUCAACAGUCGUCACCGGUUGCGCCUCCGAUUUAUUGCUGCACGAUUCGUCCCACAACCACCGGCCAGUAUUAUACUUUGUCCUACCAGGCCCCUAGUCAACCUCAGCCAGCGCCAACGAUAGCGUCUCCGCGUCAACUUCAGCCUGCGUUCCCCUUCGUCAACUCCGGAUACGGAGUGCUGUCGAUGAACGCAGCAGGUCCCGGAGGUCCGGUUCAUUUCAGUCCAUCCCUACAUGCGGCGACGCAAUUGAACUCGUCUAGCAUUGGCAACCUGUAA